AUGGUAAACGGUCUCAUAAAAAAGGAACCAAACGCUCCACGUCGAAAGGGAACCUACCUAGCUUGGACAAAAGACGAGGAAUACGCGUUAGCAUGGGCGUGGCUCGACAUAUCGGAGGACCCCGAAGUUGUAAACUAUAAAACUUCACCAUUUUUAUGGAAUAAAAUUCGUGAAACUUUUUUUAAAGCGAUGGGUAAAGAUGAGUAUCAGGACAAAGAUUCGAAAUCUAGCAAAUGGACCAAUAUAAACCAAAAAUGUCAUCAGUUCCAAGAAGUCUUCCAACGCACGAGGGACAAUUGGGGUAACGGACAAAACGAUGCGGGUAUUUUAACAAGAAUGUUGGAAGAGUACAACAAAACGAGAGGCGUUUUCACAUACUUAAGGUGUUGGGAGCUUUUACGCGGAAGUCCCAAAUGGUGUUUUGGACCGUUUGGCUAA